AUGAAUUUGCCGGUGUCGAAAGGCGGCUGGCGACCGGUUAUAGGAUCCGGUGGGCUCGUAUACUCGUCAUUCGGCACCGCUCCGCUGCACGCGCCAUCGUACAAGUUGCCGACGGUCGAGUACUACCCGUCAUCGGCGCGCCCCAUAGCAACUAGGGACGCCGCAAAGCUCACGUCGAUAGCGCAGUCCUACCGGCCGACUACGCUUCGCACGGUCUCCGCCGCACCAGCCGCCCCCGUCAACAAUCCCAUCAACGGCUACCUGAACCCCUUCGCGCUGCCCAACGGCGGGCAACACUUUAAAUACGUCCAAAGCCACCCGUUCGACAGCUUCCUGCUGAGGAACGGCAACCCCUACGCGCCCCGCCCACAGCAGAAGUAUCCCGCGAAGCAGAAACAGCACAGCCCACUUAGCAGCAUCCAGCCCGUCAACUUCGGCCAGUACCAGACGCCGAGGCCGCAGGAGUUGGGGCUAAUCGACUCGUACGGCCGACCGCUGGAUGGCAAGAGGCAAUCGGCCACGGAGAUAUUCAAGCCCGAGGUGUAUAAGUUGCCGGACUCCAACACCGCCCAGCAGCAGGUCGUGAGGACCGCCCAGCAGCAAACCUUCGCCGGCGUCCACAACGUGAACCCGUUGGCGAAUUACGCAUUCCAGGACAGCCCUCUGCCGCCGAGUAUUUUAGGUUCAUUUGGAUCCUUUGGUCUGCAAUCCGUUAAAGGCAGAGAUCCGCAGUUUGCAUCUACGAAAACCGCUUACACGAACCAACCGCAACCCACAAAGCAAACUAUUUUCAACUCGUUCGGCUACACAUCGAAUAAUUUCAAAUCGACUCCGAGUCUAUUUUCGGCGACGACGCCCAAAUUGCAGACUACGCAAAAUCAUUAUCAAUAUUCGACGGUAAACGAUUUUCGUAACGCGCCAACCCCGCAAACUAAACUGGCUAAUCCACCAAAGAUCGACCCAAAUGCCGAUGGAAAGGGCAUGUUCAAACCGAGUCCACAGGAUCCAUUCAUCAAAGCCUAUCAGAACUUCGACUUGAACAAGAUAACAACGUAUAGUCCAAUCGUACCAACAACUGCGUUACCAAACUCUUUCUACUUCUCCACGCAGCAUAACGUACCCCUCAGGAACUACCAAAAUCAACAGAACGCGCAGAUACAAAACUAUCAGAGCCAACAAAACCAGAAUUACAACUACGAGAACAAAAAGAACCGAAUCAAUGACAAUUUGGCAGCGGGUAUUAACCAGCAAACUUACCAGCAGUACGUUGAACCGCCUAGAACACAGCUGCAAGAAAUCCCCUCCUCCGUACCCCAGCGCGGUCACUACGAAGUUACUGAAAAUCACGAUGACGUUAUAACCAACUCUUCUCCCUGGGCUUCCUCGCCAGAGACAUACCAAAGCAACUUGAAGGCAAGCGAAGAGGCAACUUUGAAGCAGGAGAUAAUCGAUUCAAUAUUCCGGCAGCCGACCACAACGCCGAUUGCUGACGUCACGGAAGAGUUCGUCAUCGUGACCGAAAGCGAGAAGGGCUAUGAAAACUCUUUGAGCUACGACGGCCAAGUCGAAUCACAAAGUAGGCGGCCCUUAGACGAUGAACUCGAACCGAUUGAGAAGAACAAACUGAAGGACUAUUACUAUAAAGUUUCCACGCCUUCGUACGGUGAUCACACGCACUCUAGGAGAACGAAGAAGCCUGCCGAAGCGUCUAGCCCAAUCAAGUCGGAGACAACAACCGGAGAUAGCGUGAGCCAGGAAAACAAUGUGCCGAUAGAGGCCCUGCCAACGUUGCCACCAAACCAGCAUUUUAAACGCCCGAGCACGCCCGAACCGCUCGACAAGGACAGAAUACGUAAGAGGAAUAAACUAAGGAGACGACGUCCCGGCUUCGGUAACCGCAACAGGGAAGAGGCCACCACACGUAAAAUUGAACAGACGUCACCCGAACCGGUGCUAACGACAACGGUGGCGGAAGAAAUCUAUACGAUAAGACCGAGGGCCAGGCCGUCUAAGCAGGAGCAAAGCCAAACGACACCCAGCGUAACGACCGACUUGACGACCAGCGCUCUGCCCACAAUUUCGCCAACGGUACCGUCAAUCGUGAGGAAAAAGAUCGGCCACCGCCGACCGCCAACCACACCCGCCGAUAGAGUAGAAACGACGACCACGUCAUUCAGGGCCGACGAUACGAGCAAAGAGUCGCCGAUCAUGAAGAUAUCGUCGCGGCCACAGCUCUCCAAGCUGACGUCGAGCAUCUACGAGUACAAAGCGAGCGACGUACCCGACUACAGUCACAAACAGGACGAGAAAGAUACGCCGACCAGCGAUGUGUCCGUAAGCUUGACGGACUCACUCAAGAGUUCGGCCGAAGUGCACAAGGAGUUCUCCUUUCAUAGAGACGCUAAGCCACUCGAUGUGAAGGAGACCACAACAGACGUCUUGAAGGGGAGCGGUGAGUACGGCUUCGAGGCGACCAACACGCCCGGGCCGGAGACAACGACGCGGCCGCCCAGCAAAGGGCAGCGGCCGAGGCCGAAGAACAAACUCGACCGGCCCAAGUUCAGCGUGAAGGACUACAGGAACCGGCUGAGCAGCACCACGAGCACGACGGAAAAGACGACGGAGACCACGCCCAAAGCAAGGUAUCCGCAGCGAAAGGCGCCCUACGAUAGCUCCAGCGACGACAGCGGCGCCGAAAGGAAACGCUUCACGCCGAAGGAGCCCAGGCACAGGCACAACAGGACGGAGAGCAACGAGCUGAUAGAGAGGGAGAUACACUCCACGCGGCAGCCGGGGCGACAGAGACAGACGACGGCCGAGAGCGAAACCACAACGCAGAGGAUAUCCGCCCGCAUCCGCAAUAGCAACCGAAGGAAGCCCACGGAAGCGCCAGCCGAGACCACAACCGCCACCGUUCACAGGCGACUGGUGCGGAAGAAGAUAAAGGACUCGGAGGCCGGCGAAUCCGUUCAGGACAUAAGCGUUACAGAGGCGAGCUACGACCAAAGCAGCGAACGGACCUCGGCUCGAUCGGAGAGCGCGAUCAUGAAGAUCGCAGAUAAGAAGCAUCACGACCCGAUCGAGCGUCUGUUCGAGCACUCUAAACGCGUUUCGGACCUGACGCUCGCCGCCAGCAAGGACUACAACAACCCGGGAAUGUUCAAAACCGUCUCGGCCAACAGCAGACGGAUACCGAACUACUUCACGAUAGCUACCGACGACCCGAUACUGCCGAUAGAGGCCUUCUUCCCGCAACUCAACCAAAGAAGGAAACGUAAGCCUUACUUACUUUUGCUCGGUUCCUAUAUUCAACGU